AAGUUCAUUGAGUUUGAGGACACUCAUGAACAGGAUAAGAAGGACCUGCAGAACCAUGUGGACAGAAUGGAGUCCCACUCCAGGCAACUGGAGCUCAAGAUCAAGAACUACGUAGACCAGAUUGGCAGAUUAGAAGAACGUGAAUUGGAGCUCAAGAAGGAAUACAACUCUCUCCAUCAGCGACACACAGAGAUGAUCCAUAAUUAUAUGGAGCACGUAGAGAGGAUCAAAAUGCAGCAGAUUAGUGAGACCUCAGAGUCGAGCACGGCCGGCCGAGUCAGGAGAGAGCGGCCUCUUUCUUUGGGGAUCUUUCCAUCGUCUGGUGGGGUGUCCCUGCUAACCCCAGACCCCCAGACCAAGGCAGAGACACUGAGUACAGAGGGCUGGAGGUUUACCGACCCAUCACAACCACGGUCCAACACCAGCCUCAAGCAGUUGGACUUUGUCGACCCCCCAAAGGAAAUGGAGGGUAAGAGUGCGCAGGACUCUUCUUGGGGGAAUUCACUGGCAGACGACUGCAAGGAUGAGCUGUCGGACUUCACUGGCUCCAAGUCAGCUACUCCGAUGUCCACCACAGCCUCGGACAUGGAGAGGGAAGAUGGGAAUAGUAAGAGCAUGGAGGUGCAGGCUGCACCGGGAACCAGAUCCAUAUCAGUGGGUUUGCCUGAAAAUGAGGACAACUCAGAUGUGCAGGACAUCAUAGAGUCCACCCCUGAGCUGGUCAUGGAUCUCAUUGGAUACAAACCCUGCAGCACCCCUACUAAAGGCAUUGAGAACAUGGCAUUUGACCGCAAUACAGACUCUCUGUUUGAAGAGCUGUCGUCUGCAGGCACCGGACUCAUAGGGGAUGUUGAUGAAGGGGCCGACCUGCUGGUGGAGUACUCUGGUAUGGGCCGGGAAGUUGAAAAUCUCAUUCAGGAGAAUUCACAGCUGCUUGAGACAAAGAAUGCUCUGAACGUGGUGAAUAAAGACUUGAUCUUGAAGGUAGACGAGUUGACCUGUGAGAAUGAGAUGUUGCAGGGAGAGCUGGAGGCUUUGCUGCAGGCCAAGACCAAGCUGGAGGACAAGACCAGAGAGCUGGAGGAGGAACUCAAAAAAGUACGACUUGAGGUGGAGGAAGUGAAACAUAAAACUAAAGAUGAAGAAGAUAGUGACGUACCUACAGCCCAGAGGAAGCGCUUCACCAGAGUGGAAAUGGCCAGAGUGCUGAUGGAAAGGAACCAGUACAAAGAGAGACUGAUGGAGCUGCAGGAAGCUGUGCGGUGGACAGAGAUGAUCAGGGCCUCGAGAGAAAAUCCAACACUCGCAGAAAAAAAGAAAUCCAGCAUCUGGCAGUUCUUCAGCAGACUGUUUAGCCCCUCCUCCAGUGCCCCUGCUAUAAAGAAGGUGGAGUCCCAGUCCAACGUGAAGUACAACGCCCCGGGCAGCCUUGUGAAGAGGAGUAGCACCUUCUCCCAAUUCCCUACAGAGAAGUCCAAGACUUUCGACUUCCUCAAUGAAGAAAAGGACCAGUGCAGUUCGCCCUCACGUAGAGAGCUGAAGAGAGCCCAGUACAGACAGGUGAAGGCCCACAUGCAGAAGGAGGAUGGACGAGUCACUGCACACGGCUGGAGCCUGCCCAGCAAAUACAAGGAAAUGAAGGUAGCAAAUGGUGGACAGGUGGAGAACAAAAUGAACUUACCUGUGCCAGUAUACUUGAGACCUCUGGAUCAGAAAGAUGCUUCUAUGAAGCUGUGGUGUGCAGCAGGGGUCAACCUGUCUGGAGGGAGGACAUUACCCACAUCAGAGCUCACUAAGCAGACGAAGGGCUCUCAGAAUAGCCUGGACCAGAUGGAGCAAGAGAGUAAGGAUCAGGAGAAAGCAGAGCAGGAGAAGGAGUUGGUACUUCAGGACGAAACAUCCAGUAGGGUGUGGGUGUGCACCAGCACCCACUCCUCCACCAAGGUUAUGGUGCUGGAUGCCAGUCAGCCCUCUGACCUACUUGACAGCUUCUACGCCUGCAACACCCACGUUGUCUGCAUUGCCAGUGUGCCAGGUGUGUUGGAGACUGAUUAUCCGGCAGGCGAAGAGGUACCUCAAGACCUGGAGGCUAGCCAAGGUGACAGGGCUUCACUGGCUGGCAGUGUGGCCAGUGUGGGCUCUGCAGGCAGCGAUGGUGCCACGGCAGCAGAGGGGACCACCGCCAUCCCCCAGACAGCCAGCUCAGGUGUCACUGAUCAGCCGGCUGAGCACAGCGGCUACUCUGGCUCAGUUGAGCUGUCCAGAGAGACCAGUCCAGCAGAAGAUGGCAUUCCCACGGCGGAAGAGGCAACCGAAGCGACGGAGGCUAACGCUGGUGUGGGCGAAGAAGGGGAGGAGGACCAGGGAGCGGAUCAAAACCAGCCAGGAAUCUACACUGAGCACGUGUUCACUGAUCCGCUGGGGGUGGGACCCACUGACUCCUCUCCUGCAGACACACAAAGGGACCCUUGGCAGGAUGGUCUGACUUCCUUGCCAGAAGACUCAGACCCAUCGGAGGGGGAAGUCCUGAGGAUGAGCAGCGCCCUCCCCACCAUGUGGCUGGGAGCUCAGAAUGGAUGUCUGUAUGUCCACUCGUCUGUGGCUCGAUGGAGGAAGUGUCUCCAUGCCAUAAAGCUGAAGGACUCCAUCCUUGGCAUAGUGCACGUUAAAGGGAGAGUGCUGGUGGCUUUGGCUGAUGGGACUUUAGCAAUUUUCCACAGAGGCAUUUCAGACGGUCAGUGGGAUUUAACCAACUACCACCUGUUGGAUCUGGGCCGGCCCCACCACUCUAUCCGCUGUAUGACUGUAGUGCAUGACAAGGUGUGGUGCGGCUACAGGAACAAGAUCUACGUCAUCCAGCCUAAAGCCAUGAGGAUAGAGCAGAAGUCGUUUGAUGCUCAUCCUCGCAAGGAGAGUCAGGUGCGGCAGCUGGCCUGGGUCGGAGACGGCAUCUGGGUGUCGAUCCGACUGGAUUCAACUCUACGCUUGUUUCACGCCCACACCUACCAGCACCUCCAGGAUGUGGACAUCGAGCCCUACGUCAGCAAGAUGUUGGGUACGGGUAAGCUGGGCUUCUCGUUUGUGAGAAUCACAGCUCUGACGGUGUCCUGCAGCCGACUGUGGGUGGGGACAGGAAACGGCGUCAUCAUCUCCAUCCCGCUAUCUGAAGCCAACAAGACAACGGGAACAGUGCCAAAUCGGCCCGGCAGUGCUGUACGAGUUUACGGUGAUGACAGUUCAGACGGCGCCAUGCCAGGCAGCUUUGUGCCAUACUGCUCAAUGGCCCACGCCCAGCUGUGUUUCCACGGACAUCGAGAUGCUGUCAAGUUCUUUGUCACCGUGCCAGGUCAGGCAAUGCCCCCUCCUGGCAGUGCAGAUUCAGGCUCAGAUGACCCGCCAUCUGAAUCCUCUGACACAGCGACCUCUGAGCCCAAAACCUACCUGGUCAUGAGUGGUGGCGAAGGCUACAUUGACUUCAGAAUGGGUGAUGAAGGCGGUGAGUUGGACGGUUUAUCAGGGCCUACAGGCAGCCAGCAGUCUGCACCUACAAAGGGCGAGCAGAGCCACCUCAUCGUCUGGCAGGUCACAACCUCCCAUGAUUGAAAAAAAUAAAUAAAAAAUCACCACAGACUGUUGUGUCAACUUCAGGGCCGCCCACUGGCCCUUGCAUGCCAUUCUGGAAGAUUUUAAUUUGAUAUUACUGAUUGUUCUUAAUGCCUGAGUAGUUGACUACUUUGUAAAAAAAAAAAAAAAAUUUAUUUUUAGUCCAUGUUUUGUACAGUUUAUUCUUUAUGAAUUUUGAAAUAGUUAAGAUGAGGUUUACGCUGACUUAAAGAAUUACGUCCAAGGGUCCAAGUGUUCCCUUCUGCGGGGUCGCAUGUUGGAAAAGCUGGUGCGCAGAGGAAAAAGGCCAAGUCAACUCGACUGAAAGUGUUAUUUUGAUCAGGUAAUGUGCGUAGACGUCUCCCAAAUGUUAAAAAGGGUUUAGAUGUAAAAGAUAAAAGGGAAAGGUGCUUGAAGCAUUAAAAUGAAUUUUUGAGUUUAACUGGAGUAUAUUUUAUAUUACACACAUAAGACUUUUACAUUUGUAAACCACAUGUCUGUACGUGUGUGAGCAUCAGGUGUGUGGGGGGAUUCACUGCAGUCUGUGUUGGUCAUUUUCAUUAUCUUUACCACCGGAGCUAGGUGUCAAAAUAUAAUACCUACAAGUCAAAAUGUAUAAAGAAUAGUUCAGUUAUUUGAAUGUGUUUCUGAGGCUGAUUACUCCACUGUAUUGUCUGAUUAUUGGAAAAGCAGCUUGCACGCACUAGUGGUAAAUCAAAUGUGCUUUUAUUCAGGAAAAGCUGUAGGAUGAAACACUGCUCGAGAAGGUUGGAUUAAUAUUAAUGACACCAAACCAUAUUUGCUUACUGUAGUGUAGGUUAGCAUUAGCCUGCAUGGGGAAAUUCUGUAUCCUCGUCCCUGUGUGUGUGUGUGUGUGUGUGUGUGUGUGUGCGUGUGUGCGUGUGCGCGUCUGCGCCUGCUCGGACAUUUUAAAGCUAAACCCUUGUCUGCUGUGUGAGGCGAGUCUGCCUGUGCUUCCUGUUUGCUUCAGCUCAUUGGCACUUUAAAAUUUUACAUGUUAGUCGCUUGAGGUUUGGAAGAACACCCGUGGUAAUGUACACAGCAGUACUAUGUGCUAAUUGCGUGAAGGGAAUAAAAUGUUAAGAUAUUUCUAGCAAGGUGUCACCCCAGUAACCAAAGGACAGAAGAAGAAGCACCGUGAAACUGGCCAUUUCGUUAUUUUCAUAUGUUCCAACUUUAAAUGUCUUGUGAGUCUAAUCAUUUGAGGUUAUACGCAUGUGUUUUCAGCGUGUUGUCCUAUUGGAAAAUAAGCUUGAAUAAGGGAAUCUGACUAAAAAUAACAUUUGUGUCACCUUCUAAUGGACAUGCAAACACCACUAAAGAGUCUCUCCUGAUGGCUAAAUCAUUCUUUGUUUUAUUGUUACAAAUCCAUUUGGAGGAUGUUAUUAUUUUGAGUAUCGUGUGUGUUUUGUACUCAUGUGACACUUUUAUUAGGAAAUAAGUAUUUCAGUGAUUACUGCAACACGAUAGCAGGAUGCCAAUAUUAGGCAGGUGUUUUAAUUUGUUUUUAUAUCCGAAAAGUUGGGCCAAGACUGGCCUUCAGUCCAUUUCAAAACAGUAACUUUAUAUUGUGUUUUUGCCAUUUCAGUAUUUAUUUCCUUUGUUAUGGAGCCUAUCUUGGUUCAGAAUGUAACUUUCUACAUGAGCAAAAUAUAAUAGGAGGCUAUUGUAAAACAAAAUAGUCCAAUGAGUUUACAUGAUUGUUAAUAAUGGUUAAAUAAAAGAACUUGAUGUAAUCAUGUUGGAGAUUUUUGACAAACCAUGAGAUCAAAGUGUGCAAAACAAUAACUUUGUUUUUGAACAACACAUCCAUGUACUAAGCUAUGCAUGGUUUUUUUAAGAGAACACUGCUAUGUUUUCAGCUAAAUCUCUGUUUAUUGCCACCGUUUUGGGUGGGGUGGAUGCAUAUGUGUGUUUGUGUGUACAGUACAUGUGUAAAUGUAAGAGUUUGAACACAAGACACAUUUGUCAAUGUGUGUUUGAUUUUGCAAAUGUCAGUGUAUGUGUGCUCACUGUAUGUCCAUCUGUAAUAACCCAGUGACAUUUACCUGUUGUACUGGGCUUCUCCGGACCACAUGACGGUGGUCCGUCCUUGUCAAUGUUUGCUAAAAUGGCAUCAUAGCCUUACAGUAUUUUUAACAAUCUAUUAAACUCAGUUUCAUGGAGAA